AUGUCACUCCUAGGGAAGCUGCCGUUUCCCUUCAGCCACUCGUCGUCCUCUUCAGCCGACGCACCGGGACCGUCUGCGACGCCCGAACGCCGCCCGUCGAGACUGCACCAGCGCCUGUCGAGCAUAGGAAGCAUCGGAAAGAAGUCUUUAAGACGCAGGAAGAAAUCCUUGUCGUCUUCAGAGGCCUCCUCUUCAUAUCACCCGUACGCCGUCUAUUACCAGAACAUGCUGCCACUUCUCCGCGAUCCUGCCGUUUUGAAGACGGUGCUCGAGUCCAUCCUCGAGAUGCCGGGAGGGAAGCGUAUGCUGUCGCGCAUGGCGCGAACCUGUCGUGCGCUCUCGGACCCCGUCCUCAACAUGUUGUGGAAGGAGCUUGACUCCCUGAUCCCGCUGCUCGGCCUUUUCCCGGGGUCGGUCCUGAAGAAGGCCCGCAAGCCUGGCUUGGGCAUGCAACGCGCCCCGCAGCCCGAAGAGUGGAAGAAGGUGCUCAAGUACGGCGAGCGUGUGCGUCGCCUCACCUACAUCGAGAGCGCCGGGAACGUCAGCCCAAACGUAUUCCCCAUCAUCGAGCAGCAUCGCCCGCGCACGUACAUCCUCCCGAACCUGCUCACGCUCGUCUGGCGCGUCGAGACGCCCGCCGGCCUCGACCGCGCCGCGCUCUUCCUCAACCCGGAGCUCAUGCAUAUGACGCUCGAGGUCGGCACGCGUGUCCCGCAGCUGGACGCGUUCCUCGCGGACCUGUCCCGCCGCACGAAGCUGCUCUCGUUCUCGUUCACCUCGGCGACGCCGCUGCCGGACAAGUUCACCGAGCUGCUCGCGCCGCAGGACGCGUUGGAGCGUGUGAUGCUGUCGGCACCGGGGGCGCUGUCGGCAGACGUUGGUCGGUGGGCGAGUACGCUGCAGCACCUGCAAAGCCUGCGCCUCGAUCUGUCGGAGCGCACGCAGGCUGCAGCGGAGGGCUUCUUCGACGAGGUCCCGCGCUCGGGCGUAUCGACGCCCGCAUCGGCGCAUACGGACUCCGGUGUCUUCUCUGACGAUGAGCGCGACACCAAGGACCUGAGGAAGGACUCCGCUCGGCUGACGGCGCACGCACGACCCAGGGGUGCCUUCGCCCGCCUCCGCCACCUCCAUCUGACGGGCCAGGCUGGUGCAAUCGCUGUCUUCCUCAAGCACAUGACCAGCCCGCUCGUUCAGCUCGAGCUUGUCAUCGAGGAUCCACCGGAGAAGAAUGCCUGGCGCGAACUGUCAGGCGUCAUUUCCGAGCGAUACGCCAGCAGCUUGGCGACUCUGCGCGUCUCUGCCACGGGCGCGUCCCGCUUCACCGACCUACUACGCAACACGACUCGCGACCCGCCGUCGAAGCACCUGCCGCUACAGCACCUCGGCCCACUCUCGCGCCUCGCACGGCUCGAGAUCGACCUCCCUGAGUCGGUCAUCUUCACGCGCGCAGACGUCGAGCACGUCGCGCAGAUGUGCCCGCGCCUGGAGAACGUGAAGCUGUGCCCCUUCGCGCGCUUCCCAAUUGGCACGCGCGCCCCAUUGCUUGGCCUGAACGACCUCGUGCCGCUCACCACGCAGUGCAGGCGCCUGCAAUCGCUCGCGGUGGUCAUCGACGCCCGCAAGGGCUGGUCGGAGAUCCUCGAGGACCGCAAUGCGACGUCGACGUCGCUGCGCCACCUGCACUUUGGACACUCGUGGAUCGGGGACCCGCUCCCAGUGAGCGUCGCGCUGAGCCACCUAGCACCCCGCCUGGAGGGCAUGCGCUGGUUCCACGAUCGCACGCGACCUGGCCUGCACGAGCCGCACGCGCGGGCAUGGCAGCAGGUCGCGGAUGGGUUGCCCAUGCUGCAGCACGUCAGACUGACGGAGCGCAAGAGAUCCAGGGGUGUCUACGUCCGACCAUCCCAGGCAUCGACGGCUGUGGACGCAACGCCGGUCACGGUAUCCACCGGUGUCAGCGCUGUCGUCCGAAGCCGGGCCCAAGAGGUUGAUGCAACACCACGGACCAGCGUUGCUUCCAUCGAGGCUAUUGUGGCGAAGUCCUCGCAGUCGGUCGCGACCGAGCCUGAGGAGCCGCCAGCGGUCUCCCAGCCACCUCCGUCUCCACCACCAACCAGCUGGCCGAACGCCCUCCUUCGCCGAUCUGCUACUAUCCUGCCCAAUCUCCCUGGCCCUCGCCAAAUCAUCGCCGUCCCGCUACACCUCAUGAACCCCUUCUUCGUCAUCCCCGCGAUGCUCAACUUGAUGUCUUUUGCUUGUCGCUUAUUUAUUCUGUAUCCCCUCACUCUCCCAAUCCGCGUUCUCCACGCCGUGCUGCGGCUUUUUCUGGUUCGCGGGCGCCGCGUCCUGGGCAGGGAUCCACGCGCCCCGGGAAACGGCCCACGGCCUCCGAACGGCAGACCCGAUGGCUUGCUGAGCGGCGACUCGAGGUCGCCCUCGGCGCCUCGCUUGGGCAGCCGGUUGCCCUCGCUGGAUGGGAAGCCGCGGGCCUCGGUCGAACUGCAGGACAUGAAGACGGUCGAGGUGCCGGUGAACGUGAACGGGGCGGACUGUGUGGAGCCGGGGCUGAGGCGGACGACGCCGUACGAGGAGAGCUAUGAGAUGGACACCCUUCAUGUCGGUUGA